GGCGCUCCCUUUCUUCCCCGUGCGGGAGCUCUGCGAAGCCGCGUUCAGGCAGCGGGAGGCACGGCGAGGAUGGCACCGGCGGCGCUGAGCAAAGUGCUGAUCAGCGACAGCCUGGACCCGUGUUGCAAGGAGAUCCUGCAGGCGGCCGGCAUCCGCGUGCUGGAGAAGGCCAACCUGAGCAAGGAGCAGCUGUUGGCCGAGCUCAAGGAUUGUGAUGGGCUCAUUGUCCGCUCAGCGACCAAAGUGACUGCAGAUGUCAUCAACGCUGCUGCUGCUGACAGGUUGCGGAUUAUUGGAAGAGCUGGCACUGGUGUGGACAACGUGGAUGUUGAGGCUGCUACAAGGAGAGGGAUCCUGGUGAUGAACACACCCACUGGCAACAGUCUCAGUGCAGCAGAGCUGACAUGUGGAAUGAUCAUGAGUCUGGCCAGGCAGAUCCCACAGGCAGCAGCUUCAAUGAAGGAGGGGAAAUGGGACCGCAAGAAGUUCAUGGGGAUGGAACUCCAGGGGAAGACUCUGGGCAUUCUAGGCCUAGGCAGGAUUGGACGAGAGGUGGCCAUCCGCAUGCAGUCCUUUGGAAUGAAGACCAUAGGCUAUGACCCCAUCAUCACUCCUGAGGAGUCUGCUGCAUUUGAUGUCGAACAGCUGCCCUUGGAACAGAUCUGGCCACUAUGUGAUUUCAUCACAGUCCACACUCCACUCCUGCCUUCCACCACAGGGCUCCUGAAUGACACCACUUUUGCUCAGUGCCGGCGUGGAGUCCAGGUGGUCAACUGUGCUCGAGGGGGCAUCAUGGACGAGGGGGCCCUUCUUCGGGCCCUCCAGUCUGGCCAGUGUGGUGGAGCAGCCCUGGAUGUCUUCACAGAGGAGCCACCCAAGGAUAAGGCCUUGGUAAACCACCCCAAUGUAAUCAGCUGUCCCCACUUGGGUGCCAGCACCAGAGAAGCUCAGAGCCGCUGUGGCAGAGAGAUUGCCAUGCAACUAGUGGACUUGGCCCAGGGCAAAGCACUGGUUGGCACCGUAAAUGGGCAAGCUCUCAGCAGCGCAUAUGCAUCUCAUACCAAGCCAUGGAUUGCAUUGGCUAGAGCUCUCGGGACUCUGCUGUAUGCACUGACCCACCAAGUGAAUGGAGGCGUGCAGUUUGUCACCCAUGGCUUGACCUUGCAGAAGGCUGGUGGUUACCUGACUCCUGCGGUGGCGAUAGGGCUCCUCAAAGCAACUGCCCAGAAGGAGGUGAACCUGAUCAACGGGCUGCUUCUGGCACAGGAUGCUGGUCUGAAGAUCACCACGACCCACAGUGACAAGGCACUUGGCAGUGAAGAGGGGCUGCUGCAGCUUUCUGGACAAGAUGCCUCCCAUGUGCUGGUUGGCUCGGUGCAAGGCAGCAUUCCUGUCUUGCAUGAACUCAGUGGAGCAGCCUUCCAGCAGCUCAUCCCACUCACUGGCACUCUGCUGUUCUACAGAGCUAAGGCCUUCGAUGCCAAUCUGUUGCCAACCAUCAUCGGGCUCUUGGGGAAGGCCAAAGUAGAGCUGUUGUCAUACCACCGUUCUAGCAUCAUGACUGGGCAUGAGUGGAGUGUCAUGAGCAUAUCUUCAGUGCUACACAGCCUGCAGGAACUGAAGCAACAUGUGACAGAAGUUGUUCAAGUUACACUUUAAGUUGUGGUGGAGAACCUGGCAGGGCCUGAAAACCAAAACCAAAAUGCUGCUCUGGGGAGAGGGAAGAAUCGGAAGAGUGAUGUCACAAGCCCCAAACCUGUUCUGGGCAUGGCUGCUACUUAAAACUAGCAUGGUCCAGGUCUGAUCAGCAAAUGUACAUCUGAACAAAAGGGCAUAAAUGCCGCUCCACUGAGGCUUGGCAGCUCUGAUUUGUGUAUAAUUUGUUCACAUUCUUAGGAAAUUAAAUAAAGACAGUAACUCCUGAAGGGUGGUUGGUUGGGCAAUGAAGCAGAGUCGGCAAUCUACCCGGAAGCAUAAUAAACACUGCUCAUAUGAA